AAUUUGGUUUCUGUCUUCAACAGUCUUGCAGCUUGUUCUUGCUCUUGUCCAAUCGAAAAUAACUUAUUCCCAACAUCCCACUCACUCACUCCACUCUGCUGCACACAUCCAAGAACGAUGUCUGGAAGAACCAGAAGCAACGAAGAACACCUGAAACUCCAGGACGAACUAACCACGCCGACUACGGCCAACUACCAACACCAACAACCCACCACCCACCAAGCAGCACAACCAACCACCGACAGGAACACACUAGGAACCUCAACAUCCUACUCAUCCAUCUCCAGUACUACUCAUCUCCCACCACCAGAAUACUUGACCGGAUCGCAAUGGCAAAUCUCUCACCAACCAAACGAUCUCGCCCAACAACAACAACAACUCGGCACAGACUAUCACCCAAUCCCUCCUCAUCCACUCACCCGGAACCAACGGGUCAGAGCCUCACUCGAAAUCGAAGUCAUACCAUCCACUGCCGCCCCCACCCCUUGUGAACCUCAACACCCCCACCAGGGACUUCACAACUCACCAGACCAGAAGCACCCCGGCCAUCCUGUCAAUCAAGCCGACCCUACCGCUCACGACAGAUCCAAUCAACCCUACCAGUACUACAACGAGCCUCAGGAAUUCAAACCCUAUCCAGCCGAGCUACAUCCAGACCAUCACAGUGAGACAGAUGCAGAGGGUCAAAGUUAUGAUGACUAUGAUUGGGAUAAUGACGAUGACCUCGAGGGCGACGUCCGGUUUGCUGACCUCAACGACGAUAAGGAUGCUGGCCAUCAUCAUCGUCGUCGCACCUUGGCCCGCCGAUUCUCUCCCUACAGUAUCGUCAAAGUUUUAAUCACCACUUUUAUCGGCAACAUCAUAUUGAGCUUGAUGUUCAUCAUCCCACCGCUUGUCCUCAGGUACACCGGUUACUACCAGUCUGGGGACACUCCGUCGGCAGCUACUACUAGAUAUAUCUACGACAAUGUGGCUGCGUGGCUGUUCUGGGGGAGCUACAACAUCCUGGCGAGCUGGGUACUCAACUUCAUGACUGAAUUGAUCCCUAGGGUCAUAGUCUUAUUGGUGGGUAUAGUUUGGGGUGAUGUUAAUGAAACAAUUAAGGGAAGAGUAGAGACCUUUCAUACAGCCAAACCGUGGAUCAAAGUGAUCUUUUACUCUGCGAUGUGUUGGGGUUCCUGGGAAGUGAUCUUCAAUGGAAUUUAUCACCUCUACGCCCUCACGGAAAACGGACAAUAUCGCGCUCCGUACACUGAAACAAUUCACAUCAUUGUUGAAUUAUUAUUCUUUUUUAUGCUUAUACUUUCAUUGGAAAAGUUACUGUUAUUAACCAUUAGUAUGAAUUUCCAUCAAGUGGCCUAUGCGGAUCGAAUCCAGAAAAUCACUCGAACCUUUGCGGUAAUUGAUGCGCUGAAGGAUUACCGACCGAAACGGAAAUCAUUUCCUAUGAUACCCAAUAGCCGUCGACCUUCUGGCGCGAUUUUAACGAUGAAAGGACUUGCGAGUAAAAAAGCGUCCCCAGAGCCGGUAACCAAGAGCAAAUGGUGGUCACGAAAACCUAACCCGACGCAGGAGAUGCAGGACAAGGAGAAAGCUGCGAUUGUAGAUCCUCGCGGGGGCGAUUACGAAGCCCAGAUGCACCAGACCGAACGGUUCAAUGCUGACUAUCACAAGGGAUCGCCCCCACAGGAAAGUAAAGGUCCAGCAAAACUGAUGCGCCGGAAUUCGCAAACAACCUUUGCAACAUUGGCUCAGCGUGGUGCUUCGGCAGCCAAGAUUGCCCGUGCUGCGAUGAAAGACCCAGUGUCGGUGGUCGGCAAGAAGUCUGGAUUGAAGCUGGAUGUCAACAACCCCGCGGAUGCAAGGAAGCUAGCUCGGAAGAUCUACUUCGGCUUCAAGGCGGACUCGACUCGGACCUACUUGAUCCCCUCAGACUUCUAUCCGGCCUUCCCGACCCACGAGCUCGCCAGGGAGGCCUUCUCAAUCUUCGACUCGGAUGGGAACGGAGAUAUCAGUCGGACGGAGGUAAAGAACGAGAUCUUUCGCGCCUACAAGGAGCGUCGUGCGUUGGCGAACUCCUUGCAGGACGUCGGUCAUGCCAUCGGUAGAUUGGAUAGGAUUAUGAUGGCCAUGGCAGGAAUCGUCUUUAUCUUCAUCGCCCUGUCUGUCGUCGGGAUCGACUACUCGAAGGCAUUGACUUCGGUGUACACUGUGGGCAUCGCCGCUGCAUUUAUAUUCAAGGAAACCGCAGGGAACGUGUUUGAUGCGAUCAUCAUGGUUUUUUGUACCCACCCAUACGACACUGGCGAUCGAGUGAUCAUGGAUAACGACGGGGUUGACGAAGUCCUCGUGGUCAAGCGGAUGGGACUCCUGGUGACCGUUUUCCUACGAUGGGAUGGGACCGAGUGGUUUGCGCCGAACUCCUUAUUAGGACAGAAGUUCAUCAUCAACCUCCGUCGAAGUUCGAACCAGUUCGAGAAUGCGACGGUCCAGUUUGGCUGGGAUACGCCCCUGGAGAAGCUGGACGAGCUGGAGGAGAAGAUGAAUCUGUGGCUGCAGACGGACGAGCAGCGUCGAUUUGAGCCGGGCACAGCUUGUGUGAUCCAGUCGCUGGUCAACCAACAGUACAUGGAGGUGACGAUCGGGAUGACGCACAGGGAGAACUGGCAGGACUGGGGUGGUAGAUGGAACCGUCGGACGGCGUUUCAUGCCGCCCUCAAUCACUACUCCCGCGAGCUCGGCAUCAGCUUCUAUAACGCCGAACAACCCGUCCAGUUCAGCAACCUUGAUGCAUUCAAGGACCAGCUCUUUAACCCAUCUUCCUCUAACAACAACAACGACAACGAGGAGGAAGAAGAGGAGGACAACAAUGACGAGGAGUUUGGAGACGACGAACUCGAGCCCGACGAGCGUGCCCAAAACCCUCCGCCUACCAGCUACUUCCCUAACUUCCCCGACAGCUCGCCGGUCCUUAAUAAGAAACAAGCACAGUCGGUCUUCACCUCGGCUACCGAACGCAUGCCCGAGGCGCUUGGGUUCUCGGCCCCGCUUGAAUCCGGCACCGGCAUGCGCAAACGCAAGAAACUCUCAAAGAAGAAAGCUAUGUUGGGCGACGCUUAAAUUCGUCCUUUCGUAUCCCUCGGUCUCGCCGUUUUUCUCGUCUCUCUCCCUUAUUGUCACUCUUUUUAAGCAUCGUCACAUCAUCGCUUUGCCCCCCCCCCCCCCCCCCCUUGGGGGUGUGUAAGUGUGUCGGAGUGUGUAGACAUGUUCGUCUAUUUUCCAUUCAAGAAUGCGUUUCGUUCUUAAUUAUCUCCCCAUAAAAUCGACACAUUCUUAACUCUUACAUCCUUGUAUAGACAUAUUUUCUUUUCUUUGAUAUUAGAGAAGCCAUUUUUGUUCUUUUCCGUCGCUCGGAUCGGUCGGGAUUAUUAUGAUGGACCUUGUUAAUCUACGUAUUCAUAGAUUUCUUUUUUUUUCUCUAUUUGUUUGUCUUGAGCAUCAAGUCGUUGACUACAUAGCUUUCUUUCUUUCUUUGUUCCUCGUUUUUCUUUCUUUUUUUUUUCGUGGUGGUGCAUAGCUUGUUUAUUCCAAGAUGUUUCUUUCUUUUUUUAUUAUUCUUCGUUGUACACAUAUCACUGGAUUGGAGUUGGAAUGGAUAAUCUAUGGAACUCAUAUACAUCAGAUCUUGACCAAAUAUGAAGGAUUCCUUCUCGUUGAACAGAUGAGUUUGGCUCCCCAGUUUGACUCAUAUGUAUGAUUUAUUACCAAG